AUGGUCCUAACUUCAUCAUCCUCUUAUCUAAAUAUUGUCAUGUAUUCAGAUGAACAUGGAGAGACCAUUGUUGAAGGAGACGAAGAAGACGUUGUUUAUGAAGAUGAGACUAUUUUCCAAAUAGAUGAUUUAGCCUCUUCUUCAUACGAUCCGUCCCCCUCUCCAGAAAUUAAAGUUCGAUAUUAUGUACCAAACAACAAUACUCCUUGUGGGCUUUCUCAAAGUGUGGUUGUCAAUGAUAAUGAUUAUCUUCGCAGUCAGAAAAUGCGAUCCUUAGACUCUUAUGAACACACAUCUAAUAGCACGUAUAGCCAGUCUGCUCCGUCAUCCUACCAUCCAUACAUCCAUCCAUGUAAUUCUGUAUGUUCUUCAGAAAAAGAUAGCUCAAUGAUCAAUCAUACAGAAAAGACCAGCACUUUCCAGUUACAAUCAACGCUCUCAGACACCCAAAGUGCUUCUACAUCGGUUCCAACAGUUUCUGAUUCUCCUUUGGAGGCAUCCCCAGUCAAUACUAAUAUAGAAUCUAGCAUAUCUACACAACCGUAUCCGUUAGCAACCACCAAAACAGACACAUUAGGAACCCACGUACAGAAUGUGGAUGCAGGUUUAUCAACACCUCGGUAUCGAUCUUGGGUGAUCGACCACCGCAUCCCGUCGGGUGUCCAUGAAAACUCAACUUUAACUUGGAACAAGUUAGCUACACAACAAUACGGAACCAACAGUAAUUUUAUACAUUCGUCUGACUCUACUCGCGAUGAGAGUGCUCAAUAUUGGGAGUAUUUACAUCGCGGAUAUCAAAACUUGGAUAGAUUGCAAAGCAAUCCAUUCAUUUUUGAAAACAUUAUUCGUCGACAUUCUCUCAUCAAGGUGACAGGGAUUGACAAAAAUAGAGUAAACUAUGCAAAGCUCAUUGAUCAUUUUUAUGAUUGCAACAUUGUGUUUGUAAGGUACUUUAGAUCACAAAGACGUGCGUAUAUUGCUUACAAAGAUUAUGAUAACAUGAUGCGAGCUGUCAGAAAAUAUGACAGGACUGACCUAGUAAUGCAAAAGGAAGAAAUAGAAAUAGAAGAUGACAUGUAUAGUAAAUCAGUUAAACCACUCUCCAAACAACUUCAAAGACGAAUUGUAUCUAAAAACGACCUCUGUUAUCCAGAACGUCAUGGCAUCGUGCAAACCCGUAAAUACUAUCGAGAAGCCCAAGAUUUACCCGCGUACGAUUUAACUCAAAGCUACAAAAGUAAAGAAAACAGCAGUGUGCUUGCAAGAUAUCACCCGAAAGCUGUUGCCACUGGCCAGCAUUUAAAACGAGUAAACCUAAAUAAGCAGCAUAUCUAUUUUCUGGACAAAAUAUUUUCUCGAGUGGGUCAUGCUUCUAUUUAUUACAUUAUCAUGCAACCUGCGAGACCGGAAGAUAUUGUAUUAUCUCAGCAAAUUCAGUAUUGGUCGAUCCCCCCAAGCAGGGCAGUCACCCUUAACUUUUUGUUUGCUAACGCAAUCGAGGUUAAUAUUAUAUUUAAUAUCCCAAAAUCUAAAAGAGUUUUCGGCCACGCGAUCAUGAAAAGCGAAUUUAUGGAUAUAAGUUCAAUGAGAGCAAAUGAUUUAUUAGGAACACCAUUUUAUAAGGAUGAUGACUUUGUAGGAUGGGCAGAAAUUAUUAACAGAAAAAAUUGGAAAAAUCUAUGUAGGCUAGAAUGGAAAAACAUUGGGGUAAGAACUGCAAGAUAUGCAAGUCAACUUGUUAAUCCUUGGUUCUAUAAAUAUCCUGUCGACAGAUCAGGCGAUUGUUGUAUUAUUGAACCUACCGUGGGUAAACGACUCCUGGAUGCUCUUUAUGAUAAUAUUUAA